AACCCUAGCCAGCCUCCUCCUCCUCUACUAGCUGCAGGUUGUUUUAGUCUCACUGCUGAUAUAAAGACAUUAAAUACAACGUGGUGCAGGCACAGCGGUGAUAUUGGGCUUCUGGGAUGUGAGUUAAAGCUAACAUGGUGAUUUGAAGCCACUAUGAAGGAGUUGGAUAGGAGCAUGGACCGGUGUUGCUGCUGCCAUGUGUGUGGUAAGAAACUAUCUAACAGCAGAGCUCUGCAGCGACACCAGAGGACCCACUCUGGAGCCAAAGCUCAUACAUGCUCCCAUUGUGGGACAGCGUUCAGUGUCCUGAACAGACUGAAGAGACACAUUUCAAUCCACACCAAAGAAGAAGGAAGAAGGCUGAAGGAACACCUCGGCAUACACGGAUGGUCGGCUGAAGCCGAGGAAACUAUAGAAGCUUUGGGUGGAUUGGACACUGCCAGGACGCCGAUCGACUCAGAUAUGGCACAUUUGGAGAGGAAGUCUGCUGGUAAGACUGCUGAUGUUACAUUACCUGGUGACACACACACGGCGAUGCCCGCCAAACCUGAACGUAACCAUUCUCCGAAAACGACACCCACGAAACGUCAGACGAGAACUGAGUCUGAGGAGCUCAUCAGCUGCGCAGAAUGCAGCAAGGGUUUCCAGAGCGUGUACGCCAGAGACCGCCAUCUGAAAGAGAAACAUAGCAAACACCCACUUCACAAGUGCUACGACUGCGGACAGACAUUUAAAGUUAGCCGAAGCUUGAUAGUCCACCGGCGGGUCUGCCAUCCAGCACCUGCAGCAGCUGUGGGACCUGAAGAAGAGCGAAGGGCUCCAAAGACUCCCAUUUGUUCAACAUGUGGAAAGCAGUUUCCUACUAGUGCCUCUCUGAGAAGGCACCUUAUUAUUCACUCAGGAAAGAAACCGUACCAGUGCACUUUGUGUGAAAGAGGUUUCUCUCAGAUUGGAAACCUCAAAACACACCAGAAGAUUCAUAAAGGGAAAUUCACCAACAUGGCAGCGUUAGAGAAAAGUUCCCCUCAACCUGAAGAGGCUCAAUCAUCGGUGGAAAUCUGCUUCUGUCAUUUGUGUUGGACACAAUUUUCAGAGAAACACCUUUUAGAAGAACACUUGAAACAAGUCCAUGAAUCAAAGAAACCGUUUUCCUGCACACAGUGUGGCAAAAGAUUCAUGAAUGUCCAGAAAUUAGAAGAACACAAAGCUGGUCACCAGGGUCUGAAUCUCCACCAGUGCUCCCAGUGUGAUAAAGGUUUCCAGACCUCAAAGGGACUUGAGAACCACAUGCGAGAUCACACAGGAGAGAAACCUUUCCCCUGCGUUAUAUGUGGAAAAAGGUUCAAGCAGGACUCUACUCUGAGAGCGCACCAUGCGACGCACUCUGGAGAGAGGCCUCACCUCUGCUCCAUCUGUGGUAAAUGUUAUGUGAGAGCUGAAGAGCUUAAAGUUCACCUCAGAGUUCAUACAGGAGAGAAGCCGUACCAGUGUGACGAGUGUGGGAAGAGUUUCUACUACAGGCAAGGCUACAACAGCCAUAAGAAGACUCACAGUGCCAAACCCAUGGGGCCCACCAGGCAGCUGGGCAGACCCAGACAGCUGGGGAGGACCAGGAAGAAGAUCCCCCAGAGAGAUCCACCUGAUUCAGAUGGAGAGGACCUGACCAGGGAGCCUCCAGACCUCGGAAAUAGGCCCCAGCAUCACCUUGGCAACCAAGAAAAUCAUGCUGCAGAGAACCACAGUCAGACAUCUGCCUGGAACGUUGGUCAUCAUACAGCAUUCAACCUGUCGGACAAAAACCCAAAUACAUCCCACUGGAGCGCAGCAGAGGGCCACCACCAGGCCUAUGGUGCUCCAGCAGGAGCAAGCAUUAAUUUCAGUGCCCUGCUCAGGGGAACGGUGGGUCAGGAGCACUUUAAAGAGAGCUGUCCAGCAGAGCAGCCCUCCUGGCCUUCUGGGACUUCCUCUGUAACACCAUCCUCUGAACUCGGGCUCCCCACACUCCUCCCACACAACACCACAUCAGAGACAAUGCAGCUGAGCAACAAGACGGGUCUGGAGGUAAAUCACCAUGAAGAACUCCGACCUGAAACACAACAGGACCAGGAUCACAGAACAGCACCUAUAGAAGAAACUUUAAGACGGCCCGAAUCUGAACACAGCAGCUCCCAUGAACAGCCUCAGGAAAAGCCGUCCGAGGAGCCAAAACAGGGGCCAAGCAGACACAAGAAGAGAGACUGUCCGACCUGCGGGAGAGUUUUCUCUAACAACACCGAACUGCAACGACACCUUGUGAUUCACUCAGGCAAAAGACCUUUCAAGUGCUUCAUAUGUGGAAGAGGAUUCACGCAGCGUGGAAACCUCAAAACACACAUGAAAGUUCACAAAGGCGAGUUACCAAAUUGGACAUUACUUCAAGAGAAGAAUCCGCCUAAAGAAUCUCCUGUAAUGGUUCAUGUGUGUGGAGAGUGUGGCAUGGACUUCCCUCAGAAACAACAGCUGGAGGAACACCGCCACAGCCAUAAAAAGCCUUAUGCAUGUCCUGACUGUAGCAAGACAUUCAAAAACGAACAGUAUUUUGAAAUGCAUAAGCGCAUUCACUCGGGAGAUUCAAAUUUCCUCUGUUCAGAGUGUGGAAAGAAUUAUGCCUCGGCAGAUUCGCUUAAACAACACAAGUUGACACACACUGGAGAGAAGAAUUUCCACUGUGAUCAGUGCGGGAGGGCAUUUUCAAAAUCCUACAACCUCAACAUACACCUCAAGACUCACACCGGAGAGCGGCCUCACCUCUGCUCAAUCUGCGGUAAAAGUUACUCCAAAGCAUCUAUUCUGAAAGUUCACCUGCGAGUUCACACCGGGGAGAAACCGUAUACCUGUGAGAAGUGUGGCAAGCGCUUCUAUUACUCUCAAGGUUAUCAAGCGCAUCUGAAGAUUCACGACAAGAAGCCAAAACCUCCAACAAAACCGUUGGGUAGACCAAAACAACAGCCGAUAGUGGUAAAAAGUGUAGAAAUAUCGCCAAGUCGUUUCAAUAAACUGUCGGGAGAGUACUUUUUACCUGAGGGAGAAAUCACUGCUGAGAAAAUGCACCUGAGUGAGAUGAGUCCAGAGGUAAACCCCCAUGAAGAAGAACACAGACCUGAAACACAACAGGAGCAGGAUCACAGAGCAGCACCUACAGAAGAAACUUUAAGACGGCCAGAAUCUGAACACAGCAGCUCCGAUGAACAGCCUGAGGAAAAGACGUACAAGGAGCCAAUCCAAUGCCAGGGGCCUCGCAGACUCAAGAAGAACUACGACUGUCCGACCUGCGGGAGAGUUUUCUCUAACAACACCGCUCUGCAACGACACCUUGUGAUUCACUCAGGGAAAAGACCUUUUAAGUGCUUCAUAUGUGGAAGAGGAUUUACGCAGCGUGGAAACCUCAAAACACACAUGAAAGUUCACAAAGGAGAGUUACCAAAUUGGACAUUAAUUCAAGAGAAGAGUCCGCCUAAAGAAUCUCCUGUAAUGGUUCAUGUGUGUGGAGAGUGUGGUAUGGACUUCCCUCAGAAACAACAGCUGGAGGAACACCGAGAGAGCCACAAAAAGCCUUACGCGUGUCCUGACUGUGGCAAGACAUUCAAAAACGAACAUUAUUUUAAAAUGCAUACACGCAUUCACUCAGGAGAUUCACCUUUCCUCUGUUCAGAGUGUGGAAAGAGUUGCGUCACAGCAGCUGCACUUAAACAACACCAAUUGAUACACACUGGAGAAAAGAAUUUCCACUGUGAUCAGUGCGGGAGGGCAUUUUCACAAUCCUCCAACCUCAACUUGCACCUCAAGACUCACACCGGAGAGCGGCCUCACCUCUGCUCAAUCUGCGGUAAAAGUUACUCAAAAGCAUCUGUUCUGAAAGUUCACCUGCGAGUUCACACCGGGGAGAAACCGUAUACCUGUGAGAAAUGUGGCAAGCGCUUCUAUUACGAUCAAGGUUAUCGAAAGCAUCUAAAGAUUCACGACAAGAAGCCAAAACCUCAAACAAAACCAUUGGGGAGACCAAAACAACAGCCGUUAGUGGUAAAUAAUCAAUAAUAUCACCUAGCAAUUCACAAUAGUCUGAGAGAGUAUAAACUGUAAAAGUAAAUCUAUUACAGUUUGCCCAUGUGUGAAAUAAAAUAUCUUUCAGGUGACUGAAGUGAUUGUUCAAGCAAUAUGAUAGGAUAACAGUGUACUUCUAUCAAUUUAUUUUUGUAUACAAAUUGUGUUGCUCAAAUUAUUUCUGCCAUGCCCCUCUGCGGAAGUAAAAAAAUGUGAAUUAUAAUGUUGAUACCCUCAUCAGGGUGCUUUUGCUUCUUCAAAGAAGACAUUUUGCAUCGUCAUUGCAAGAAAAGCACAUGUGGAUGUAAUAACAUUUAUUAUGGCUUUGUUCCAGCAAUUACUGUAACGCAUUGCAGCAAAUAAUAAUGCCAUUAAUUACACCUGUAUUUGACAACUCAAAGUGUCUGCUGUGCCACAUUUCUUUUUCCUUAUCCUGUGUGCCUCCUGCUCCUUUGUUUGGGAUUGAAUGAUUUAGUUUUUUAAUUCAUAAUUUAUUGAAAAGACAGAAUAAGGAAAUAUCAUCAUUGAUUGGGAUUGCAUCAUAUAUAAGCAUAUAUAUUUUAUAUAUUUAAAAAAAACAUAACUAUAAGUGUCAGAUAAAUGUGGUGAAGUAAAAAGUACAAUAUUUCCAGGUGAAGUACAAGUAUGUCAAAAUUGUACUUAAGUACAGUACUUGGGCGAAUGUGCUUAGUAACUUUCCACCACUCAGUCUGAAUAUUAUCAUUAAACUGACAGUAUAUUUA